AGGAGCAUUUUACAAACAUAAUUAUCUGAUCGUGUGGUAUUAUUAAAACAGAGUGUAUCGCAUCGGUUGAUCAGAGUAUAUUCUGGAAAACAUUCGGAUCUUUCAACACCUGGAAAGGUCGAUUUCGUCAUCAUGGUCAAGUCGGUGGUACUCGUCGUCCUCGCCGUAGUCGCAGCGGUCAGCGCUCAGAAACCGAUCUGUUCUCCUUCUCAGUUUAUGGGUGGGCUAGGAUUCACUAUCGGCCAGACUGGUCCCGAUGGUAGACCAGAGGGUUUUACACUGAAUGAGUACGGUGCCUGGGACUUUGCCCAAAGGAGACUUGGUCUCAAUAUGGAUAUCUUUUAUCCCAAUGGAACUACCUACAACUUCCGUGUAAUCCAGGACUACACCACGGGAACACAGUUUACUAUUUUUGAGCAAUAUCGAUUCUGCGCCAAGCAGAAGCCACCUACCGAGCCCGAAAAUUGUAUUCCAGGCAACACCAGUGUAUCAUUUCGCGGGUUCCUGGGCGCUGGAAAGGACCGACUCGACUACGAUAUCUAUACCAUGAAGCUUACCAAGGAGGAAACGGGUAAUCUCGAGGGGGACGUCACCUUCGGUAUCAUAAGGGGAAAAGAAUUCGACAUCCCUCUCUCAAACACCUUCAUCGGGACUUACUUCGACGGUGAAACCCCAUAUGCUCAAGUAUCAAGUGGAGGGUAUUACAAUGUCGAAAUUGGGAUUAAUGAUCCAAAGAGAUGGUUUGACGUACCUGAUUACUGCCCGAAGGAACUGACCGACCUGACCACGCUACCCAAACAUAUUCCCAAAUGGACUUGGAUUCGCCUCCCUGCACCACGCAUGUUUUAGAUUUUCGUUGAUCCGAUGCCGAUAGAUUUGUCCGAAUAAAUAAUACCCAGAAAGCAAUCCCCGUCGUAUUACGAGGGGAUUUAUUUUAAGAGAACAUCAAUAAAGAUAUCGUAUUUGGUAUUAUUCAUAGUGAAAAUGAAUCAGUACGAUAUUUCUUAUUCAUUCAUGUGAUUUUGAUUUAAUAUAUUUCUAUGAAUUAAUGUAAAUUUGAAAUGAUGACACCUAUAUUAAGUAACUAUUUUCCCUAUUGUACACAUAUCUUCGCACUCUUAUUGAUAUUUUCCGAUUGUAUCUGUGCAUACAAAAUAAUUUUUGAUCCUGAUUAAAUGAGUAUUUUUUAUUUGCA